AUGAGUUCUUUGAUAAGAAUAGAGGAAAAGAUUGACUAUGUUAAUGGAAUCCCAUUUACAAACAAGAAACCAACAACUAGAGGUGGCAGAGCAGAAACGAUUGGAGUGGUUUGUGCUGUAACUGGAAGGAAAAUAUUAAUGGCAAGAUCUCAGUUUGGCCAUUUCACUAACGAUGCAUUCAGAUACUUCUUUCGCACUUUGUUACAGAAAUUAGAUAAAGAGUACCCCAAUCAAUCAUUUACAUUCAUUGGAGACAAUGAAGGUAUCUACAAAGAUGCUCUGUCAUUACUCUCAACUGAUAAAUACAAGAGACAUAGAUCUAUACCGAAUCCCAGAUUUUCCCCUUUCUUGAAUUCUAUUGAAUAUCUAUUCAAUCAGUUGAAAGCUAAUGUUAGAGGUGGUAAAUAUCGUACAAUCGGUGAUUUAUCGUUGGAGAAAUCGCCAAUUCACAGUUGGAGAGUCACUCUGGAUAACAAAGUUAAAGCUUUGGAUCCACCAGAACGACAAUGGGAUUAUGCACAUCAGACUAUUUUCAUGGCAUCGAAAGAGCGAUUAGACACACCACUUGCAAAAGAUGAUGAUAAGAAUCAGCCAAAAGAAUCAAAUAACUUCAUGUGGGAAAAUGGUCAAAAGGUAUUCAUUUAUAAACAAAAUGAAGAACCAACAAGCUCCUCUGUUACAACCAAAAAUAAGACUACUGCUAAGAAACCAACCAAGACAACUAAGAGACUACCAAAAAAACUAAAGAAAUCAACCAAAACAACAAAGAAAUCAACUUGA